AUGGCGAAGAAGCUCAAAUUUCUCAACCUUACAUAUUGUCAAUACUUGGAAAAUAUGGACUUCCUCUCAGCUUUUGAGAAUUUAGAGGUUUUGAUCCUCAACGAUUGUUCGAGACUGCAGCAAGUCAACUCUUCGAUUGGAGAAGUGAAGGACCUCGUUUGCUUGGAGUUGAGGCGCUGUUGGAGCCUCACGAAGCUUCCGGAAGAAAUAGGUAAAUUAAAAAAACUGGAGCAACUCCUCCUAGAAUACACUCCAAAACUUUCUGCAUUACCGGAAAGCAUAGGGUCUUUGGAGAAUCUAGAAAUUCUAAAUAUUGCAGGCAGUGGUAUAAAAGAAUUACCCAACGAUAUUGGGAGGCUGAAAAAUCUUCGAGAAUUACAUGCUGAUAGAUGCAAAAAAUUGGGAGGAAAACUUCCAGAAAGCAUGGGAUCUUUGCGGAAUCUAGAAAUUCUAAAUAUUGCUUACAACGAUAUAGAAGAAUUACCCAACGAUAUUGGAAGGCUGAGAAAUCUUCGAGAAUUACAUGCUAAAAUAUGCAAAAAAUUGGGAGGAAAACUUCCAGAAAGCAUAGGGUCUUUGGAGAAUCUAGAAAUUCUAGAUAUUUCUUUUAGUGGUAUAAGAAAAUUACCAAACAGUAUCGGGAGGCUGAAAAAGCUCCGACAUUUAGAUGCUUCAUGGUGCCGUGAACUGGGAGGGGAAAUGCCGGAAAGCAUGGGGUCUUUGGAGAAUCUAGAAAUUCUAGAUAUUUCUUCGAGUGGUAUAAGAAAAUUACCAAACAGUCUCGGGAGGCCGAGAAAGCUCCGAGAAUUACGUGCUGGUGGAUGCCAAGAAUUGGGAGGGGAAAUGCCGGAAAGCAUAGGAUCUUUGGAGAAUCUAGAAAUUCUAGAUAUUUCUUGGAGUGGUAUAAGAAAAUUACCAAACAGUAUUGGGAGGCCGAGAAAGCUCCGAGAGUUGCGUGCUUCAUGGUGCCAUGAACUAGGAGGGGAAAUGCCAGAAAGCAUGGGGUCUUUGGAGAAUCUAGAAAUUCUAGAUAUUUCUUCGAGUGGUAUAAGAAAAUUACCAAACAGUAUCGGGAGACCGAGAAAGCUUCGAGAGUUGCGUGCUUCACGGUGCCGUGAACUAGGAGGGGAAAUGCCAGAAAGCAUGGGGUCUUUGGAGAAUCUAGAAAUUCUAGAUAUUUCUACAACCGGUAUAGAAGAAUUGCCCGGAGGUAUUGGGAGGCCGAGAAAGCUCCGAGAAUUACAUGCUGGUGGAUGCGAAAAUCUGAAAGGGGAAUUGUCAGAAAGCAUGUGCAAUCUUUCAUCCCCGCAACACCUCGAUUUUUCUUUCUGUAUAGAGCUCCAAUCGCUGCCGGACCUUCCUUCCAGCUUAACACAUUUGUGCAUCACCCGUCAAAGUCGCAAAUUGCCUUCACUCUCCCACCUAACCCGUCUCAAGGAGCUAGAAGUCGAUUCUUGUCAUUUUCUCGAGUGCAUCCAGGAGCUUCCAUCAACACUACUAAAGAAUUCAGAAUGUUCCCAACCGACAGGUGUUGAAGAAUCGGAAUUACCACAAUCCCUAAACACUCCCUUCAAGUUGGAAGACUUGGAAGUCACUUUUUGUGAAUCUAUUAAAAUACUGGACGUUUCACAGUUUAUCCAUCUAAGGACAUUAUCUGUCUAUCGUUGCUGGAAUUUACUUGAAGUUCGAGGUCUUGAUAGAUUGAAAUAUUUGGAACGCUUGACUAUCACGUUCCGCAAUUCGAGGCCGGACCUCCCACGGUUCGGAGGUCUGAAGGAAUUGGAUGUUGAUGAUUGCAAAAAUUUAGUCGAAAUUCAAGGUCUCGAUACGUUGAUGUUCUUGGAAGAGCUGAGCAUCUCCGAGUGCGCUUCAAUUGAAAGACUGCUUCUUCCAAAAUCCGGGAGUUUGAAGAUAUUGGAGGCUACAUCGUGCAUGAAAUUAGCCAAAAUUGAUGGCCUUGAUGGGCUGGAGUUCUUAGAAAAGUUGGAUCUCACUGGGUGCACUUCAAUUGAAAGGUUACCAAUUUUAUGUUGCUCUGACACCUUGAGAUGGUUGAGUAUCAAUGGCUGUGACAUGCUUCGUGAUAUUCAGAGCUUAGGGGAAUUCCCAUCCUGCGAAAGUUUAUGGAUUGAAGAUUGCCAGUCCUUAGCAGAAUUACCAAACUUGUCAAAUUUUCUUAAUUUACGAAAAUUGUUCCUGUCAAACUGUCAUGAACUUCGGGAGAUCCCGGGGCUUGAGAAGUCGAUAUCUCUAGAACGUAUUGCUAUCUCAGGAUGUUCCUCGAUCGAGAUCUUACCGGAUUUGUCGUCGUGUACCCGCUUGAUAAGUCUGAUUGUGCAAGAUUGCGAGAAAUUGACUGAGAUUCGAGGGCUCGAGAAACUGGAGCAGCUAGCGGAACUGGAUAUUUCUGGAUGCAAGUCACUUAAAACAAUUCCACAGUUGUCUGGAAGGCAGCUUUAUCAGCAUUACGAGAAAAAGCCAUUUGACUCAGAUGAUCCUAGAGUGAUACAAUUUGGAUUUUCGUAUGUUGACUCGGAUGAGUCAGAUUGCUCGGAUGACUCGGAUGAGUCGGAUUGCUCGGAUGACUCGGAAAGCUAG